UCAUUCACAUAAGGAGAGUGAAGGCUAGCACAGCAAGUUAUAGUGAGAAGGUUACAGCUAGAGGAACAUAACUUCUUUGGCUCAUUUUUUUUUUUUAAGAACUACAGGUCAAGAUGAUGAACUUUUUGGUGUUUGCUGUCACUCUCACUUUUUAUCAGAUCGGACAGAACCCUGCCAGUGGCGGCAUGUGCUGGCUGCAGCAGAGCCAACGGUGUGACAUGGUGCUGAUGAGAGGGGUCACCAGAGAGGAGUGCUGCGCUGGGGGCCGCCUGGACACAGCAUGGUCCAACUCCAGUCUGCCCAUGAAUGAGGUCAGCCUGCUGGGGUUCUUGGGAAUUGUCUCCUGUAAACCCUGCAAAGAGACGUGCGAGGACGUCAAGUGUGGCCCUGGCAAAGUGUGCAAAAUGAAGACGGGAAGGCCGCAGUGCGUGUGCUCUCCUGACUGCUCCAACAUCGCACGUCAGCACGCCGUGUGCGGCAGCGAUGGUAAGUCCUACAAGGACGAGUGCGUGCUGUUGAUGGCCCGCUGCAUGGGACACCCUGACCUGGAGGUCAUGUACCAGGGAGAGUGCAAAAAGUCGUGCUCCAACGUGGUGUGUCCAGGGACGCACACCUGCGUGACCGACCAGACCAACAGUGCCCACUGCGUCAUGUGCCGUUCCACUCCCUGCCCCAAACCCAUGCCAUCCGAGCAGGCCAUCUGCGGCAACGACAACAUCACCUACCCCAGUGCCUGCCACCUCCGCCGCGCCACCUGCUUCCUUGGCCGCUCUAUAGGAGUACGCCACUACGGCCACUGCAACAGUCCUCCUAGGAAAGCGCACAUUUUUGACGGUAACGAGGAAAACGCCGUAUAGGUUCUGCCGAGCGCACCGGUAGCUUUCCAAGAUGACCUCUGUUGUUUUUUUAAUAACAGUCAUCCCUCCCUUUUGUAGAUAAUUUGACAUGGACGCAGGGGCGUACCACGGGCCAAAAGAUGUAUACUAGUAGUUUUUCCACAGCUGCAAUCGGGCUGCCCUUCCACUACCCAUUUUAGGGGUUCUGUGCGUCAUUGUCUCCAAGGUUUGCAUUGUGUGUUCAUGCAAAUUCACUUAUGUGCCCUACAAGUAACACAAUUUGACUUGUUAUGUACUCAACAAAAAUAUAAACGCAACUGUUCGGUUUUGUUCCUAUUUUUCAUGAGCUUAACUCAAAAGAUGUAGAACUUUUUGCCUGUACACAAAAGGCCUAUCUCUCUCAAAUAUUGUGCACAAAUUUGUUGUAUUUGUUCAGAAAUUGGUGGGUCCUGGGUCAGUAUCUGGGGUGACCACCGUUUGACUCAAAUGCCAUAGAAGUAUUGGCAGACACGUGUUUAGGACAAUGAACACAGGUGUAUUUUAUUGAUGCCAGUUUGAGGUACUGUGACAAGAUCCCGAGGCCCAUUCGUGUGCCGUUCAUCCACAAGCAUCACACAAUUCCUCGAAGCUGAAAACAUCCCAGUCAUUGCCUGAAGGGUAAAAAAAGAACCUCAAAUACUAUACCUACGCUACACCCCUGUAUGGAAGCUCUCUGCAAAACGAUGCAUGCCUGUGAAGUCGCCCACAAAAAAACAAAACAAAACAAAACAGCAAUUUGUGUUAGUGGCAGAUGAACACAUCAAGAACAAGACAUAACUCUAUGACAGACGUGUGCAUAUUGUAAAUAGAUUACCACAACUAUUUAUUGGAGAAGGUAUCAAUCACUAUUUAUGUUCUUAAUCCUAUUAACAAAUCCAUGUAUCCAAAACAAUGUAUUUAUUGUGUUUUCUGUUUAUUCUCCAACUGGCAAACCACAUUUUUACAGUCUUGUUUCGCAACAGUUUUUUCCCACCCAUUAAGUUGAUGGGAAGAAAUCCUAAUGUGUGUGGAAAGCUGGUUUAUAGCGCAGCAAUUUUCAAAGCUGCAUUGAUUGUUAAAGUUGUUUUUUGGGGGUAGAAAAAACCUAAACCAACCUGUGCAGCCUGUUGUGUUUACACCAACCAGAUCCAAACAACUGCAACAAUAACGUGUAUGUCAAACACCCUUUUUAUUUUUGUAAAUAACUGUUUUGUAGGACAUGGUCCAUCAUCCCGGCUCUGUUUUGCUGUUCCAAUUUGAUCGGAAUUCCUAAAAGAAUUUAGCAGAGGGGUGGAGAGGCGAAGAUUGAAUUAGUCUUGGAAUGGACCACAGUAGCUAUACAGGCCAAUACUUGAUGUAGUCUUGUGUGGUGUCGACAUCUGCCAGAUGACCCCAAUGAACUCCUAAAGUCAAUCCUCCACGGUGAACGUUUCAACUGACUGCACUAACUCCUUCCUGUCUUGUGUGUUAAUACCUACUGUGAAAUUUCAGCAAUAAAUGCAUCAUAUUUUUGUACUUCUGUACUGUUUACACAUAAAGUUGAUAAGACUCUCA